GAGAUGUGUGUGGUGAAUCGUAAAUACAAAAGAGAAGAAGAAACAACACCAACGAAACUGUUUGAAAAUUUCAAGAAGCCUUCAACUAAGAGAAAGUCCCUCAGCACGAUCAUUGGGAAACAAAUUGAACUCACUGGAGAAUUGCAUGACACUGAGUUAGAAAUGUCGAUUAUUAAGAAAGAAGUUGACGACGCGAUAGGGUCACCCAAAAGAAGUAAAUAA